AUGACAACCCCCUUCAAGGCACUGUAUGGAUGGGAGCCUACACUAACCCCAAGCAAUGUGCCCACCAGCAUACCAGAAGCCAAUGACCUUGCCACACAAAUGGAAGCUCAAUGGAGGGAAGAACUUGAGAUUGGAGAAGAAGCUUGGCUAGAUGCCAAAAACAUCAAACUCAAGACCCUGAGUCCCAAACUAAUGGAACAACAAAUUGGGCUGUUUAAGGUUAUUGAGAAAGUCUCCAAUAGAGCAUACUGUCUUGAAUUGCCCCUGUCCAUGCAGAUCCACAAUGUAUUUUACAUGGGAUUACUUUCCAAGGUGAAAAGAGACAAGAACCAGAACUUCAAAAGCUGUCCCCCACCAGAAACCAUUGAUGGCAAGGAAGAAUAUGAGGUUGAGGGCAUUACUGAUGAAGAGGAACACAAUGGAAAAUGGUUCUUUAGAGUUAAAUGGAAGGGAUACAGACUGGAAGAGAACACAUGGGAACCCUGGGAGAACCUGAAAAAUGCAGGAAAUUUUUUGAAAAAGUGCAAGGAGGAUAUGAAAAAGAAGGCCCUUGGUGCUGCCAAGGCCCUUAAAGAGGGGCAGUGUUGUAUACACAAUCAAUACCAGGGAAUUUAUUCCCAUUUUCUCAAUUUUAAACAAAGAUAA